AAAAAAUAAAAUACGCCCAUUUAUUGGAAGUGGAACAUAAACUCGGCUGUUAGAGCAUUUUUAACUUUGACCGUCGCCGCGGCGGACGUAACUAGAGAGGCGGGAAGUUGCCAAUGUGAGUGGUGGCAAGUGACAACACCACACACCGUUCUGAAGCCGCCCGGCCAUCUCCGUCGUCGAGCCAAAUCUUCCACAAUUUUGCCGCCUCCGGCAGAGUUUGAAGAAAGUAUGAACGAAAUGUUGAGCGCAGCCAGCUUGCAGGUCUCCAAUACUCCGUUGCCGAUUCCCAAUUCGAGCCACAGUUUCAGCGCGGCUCCCCUGCUUCGCCGCCGGCCGAUUCGCCUACUCUCCGUGCGGUCCCACUUUGGCGUCUCCGCGGCGAAGCAGCCGUCGAUCUCAUCGCGGUACACCGAGUCCGUCGGAUCGCCAGCGAUGGCUCCUCCUGCUCCCGUUAUUCAGUUCAACUUCAGCCAGCGCCAUGCCCUCCUUCUUAAUGUCUUCGCUUGCUCGGCGGCAGUUUCAGCAACCUGGUUGUUCCUCUCUGCGAUCCCAACCCUUUUGGCUUUCAAGAGAGCAGCAGAGUCCCUGGAGAAACUGAUGGAUGUUACAAGGGAAGAGCUUCCCAAUACAAUGGCUGCCAUUCGCUUAUCCGGCAUGGAGAUUAGUGACUUAACGAUGGAACUUAGCGAUCUAGGUCAGGAGAUAACCCAUGGAGUUAAGAGCUCCACUAAGGCAGUGCGUGUUGCCGAGGAGAAGCUUCGCGGAUUAACCAAUGUGGCUGCUGCUCCACCAGUGCAGAGGGUAGCAAGUUUGGCAACUAGGAACGAAGCACCUGCGGUGGCUAGGACAGCGAGGGGAUUGAAGGAGGGGAUCGUGAAAGGCCGGUCGCUCUUCCAACUUUUUCUCACCCUCACCAGCUUCACCAGGUUGGCACUCAGUUACUUUGCAAAGAGAGCUAAGAAGAAAACCUUGAGCAGUAAUUAGUUAUAUGAGCGACAUGGGAAGACGUAGAUUUGCAUCAUGCACACGCCAGUCUCGAAUUUUCUUGACGUGGCAGACAAAAGCUCAUGUCGAGUUCUUAUCACAGCACAAGCAUUUGGGUCAUAAAGUGCCGUGAAGGCUUCCCUAGGUAAUGAACGAGACGCCUUUUUAAGCUUGGUAGAUUUGAGCUGGAGAACUUUCCUCUUUAUUGGCUUGAUAGAUUUGAGUUAAGAGUACUUCUUACCAUUGGAUAGUCCAUGUUUGAUGCAUUGACGUGACUAGAAGCUACUUCAUUACAAUUUUCAGUAUAUGCAUAAGCUUAGCUCACUGUUUGGCAACACUAUUAGUUGGCUUGAACACCUCAACUACUGUGGUCUCUUUACUUGUUGAACGUUAUGCAUCCUUCAGCUGGUGUUGCUUGCAGUCGGGUAUAAUUCGAUGAGGCGGGUUCAAAUUGCUAUAUGUAGAUGUCAUUGUGUAGAUUAUGAUAAAUGCAAC